AUGAAAUAAUUUAAAUGGUUUGUUCAAUUGUUUAUGAACAAUGGAUAAUUGAGUUAUAUUAACUUUAAACAUGACCCAAACUACGCAAAUCACGAUAAAACCGAAGCAAACUGGAAAAACUGAUAUCAAAAAUGGUUUCGAGGAUGCAUGUGUUUGGCCUCAAAUUUUAGCUAUUCUUCUUAGUUCGUUGGCGGGUAUAAUAGAUGGAGUAUGUUUCGCUUGGACAUCGCCCUUCAUUGUAAAAUUAGUUAAUGAUAAAGUGAACUAUGAUAUAUCCGAAGCUGAGGCAUCUCAAUUAACUACAAUCCAACCUGCCUUUAUGGUUAUAUCCUGUCUUUUUUUAUUCAAUUUGACCGAUAAAUUGGGAAGAAAGAAAACGUUACUUCUAGUAGGAUUACCACAAACUAUCAGUUUAAUGAUUGCAGCGUUUGCUAGACAUAUUUAUACGUUUUAUUUAGCUAGAUGUUUCGCAGGUAUUUCUAGCGCUCUAUUAUGGUGUUCGUUACCUAUGUAUAUCGGCGAAGUUGCUUCACCUGAAGUAAGGGGUGUUUGGGGGAACGCCAUAGCUUCUUCGAUGCUAACCGGACAGUUUUUUGUAAACCUAGUCGGAAGUUAUUUCGAUGUUAGUACAACGUCUUAUAUUUUUCUACCGAUUCCAAUUUUGUUUAUAAUAUUUUUUAUUUUCAUGCCGGAAUCACCGUAUUUUUAUUUGAUGAAAGGAAACGAAGAAGCCGCUAAAAGAUCGUUGAUGUUUUUAACGAGAAAAAAGAAUGUUGAAAACGAUUUUAUAUUAUUAAGAAAUGACGUUCAACGACAAAUGUCGGAAUCGGGUAGUUGGAGAGAUCUGAUAAGUAUAUAUAGUAAUAGAAAAGCAUUAAUAGUUGCGAUAUUCUUAAGAUUUUCUCAACAGUUUUGCGGACCGUCUGUUUUAAGCCAAUACACGCAGUUUAUUAUAGAAAAAAUAGGAGGUGCAGUUAAUCCACAAGUAUCAUCGAUGCUUUAUAGUGGAUCCGCAGUGAUUUUAAAUUUCUGUGUAGUAGCUUUUAUCAUACAUAAAUUUAAACGACGAAAUUUGUUCGCCGCGUCUAUAUUAGGUUGUUGUGUAAUUUUAUUCGUUUUAGGUACUUAUUUUUAUGUCGACGAAUUCAUACCGGAAUUUGAUUUAACUGCAAUCAAUUGGUUACCGAUCACUGCGAUUAUUAUUUACCAAAUUUGUUUUUCUUUUGGCGGUUGCGUCAUACCGACUUUGAUGCUUGGAGAAUUAUUUUCUGCCAGUAUUAAAGCCAAAGCUAUGAUGGCGCUUUUAUUUCUUUUCGGACUAAUGUUGUUACUAUGUAACGUUCUAUUUAAUUUAUUAUCUUCUAAUAUUGGACCAUACGCUCCGUUUUUCUUUUUUGCUUCCGUUACUUUCGUAACGUCGAUAUUUGCGCUGUAUUUAAUACCCGAAACGAAGGGUAAAACUCUAGAAGAAAUACAAAUGUCGUUAAAAGAGAAAAAAUAAAAGUUGUAUUCAAAUUAAUACACCAUUGAAUUAAAAAAGACACUACAUUGUGAAAAAUAUACAAACAACUGAUCGGAUUUUCAUUUUCAACAACAGAUAAAUUGAUUUAUGAGAAAAUGUUUAUAGUUUGUUAAUAUUUUUUUGCUUCCCACGUUGGCGUUGGCCACGCUAAAUCGUUUUUUGACCCGCGUACUCAGCAUUAGAACAAAGUUGGCACCAACGCUUGUGGUACAACUACACACACAUUUGUUGUAUGCUGCACUGCACAAAAUUUAUCCUACCAAUGAAAUACGAUGCUUUAUCACCAAAAGUUUAAGCAAGUUAAUCGGCACAUUACUGUUGGUUUAAUCCACGUCGAUUUAAUUCCAUUUUUUCACCAAGACGAAUGCUUCAAGUAUCUAUAAACAACUUAAAUAUCACUUAUAUGACAACACGUUUUGACGUUUUGUCUACGUUCAUCAUUAAUAUGUCAAACUUUAUGAUGUCAAUGUCAGAUUUGACACAUUCAUAUCAGUGUUGCCACAUCUCAAAACUAAAGUAGCCACCUUCGUUUAUUGAAUUCUGUAGUAUUUCUAAGCGAUACCCUGUAAUUAUUCAUGACAAUUUAUUGUUAGCGAUGCAAAUAAAGUUUAAUUAUAUAAAGUAAGUAAUUUUGAAUUUCCUUAAAUAUAUUUCACGUUCAGAUAGUAUGAUCGCUGCAAUUAAGUGCGGAAAUAACCGCCACACUUAUUUAAUUUUACGGAAAUGGCAAACUCCUAAUGUUUCUAAUGAUAUCUUAUAUAUUUAUCUUUGUUUUCGUUCUUUUUUGUAUAUUUCGUUUUUGUUAAUAGCAUAAUACAACUUAAUUCUAAUCAA